AUGACUGGAAUACAAACAUUCGUGCUCAUGACACAAAUGAAUGCCCCCAGCGGGACUCGACCCCGCGACCGCUGGCACAGCAAAAUUAAAUUCUUCGAAGUAUAUGCAAUUAAAAUAUUUCUCGCCCUGAUUCAUAUUAAAGUUUGUAAAAUAAAUAUAACACCUCCAGGUGGUAUACUUUCCUGGGGCAAAGUUCUUAACUUUUUCCCCGUUGGAGGAGAGCGGGAGUGCCAGCCCUCCGGCUUUACCAUCGCCAGAGCUGGGAUAUGCCUCAACCCUUACGAUUGCAGACAACGAGACGGCAAGGCGUUGGGGGAUUGUGCUCAUGGACUGGGUGUAUGCUGUGUUUUCGAGGUGACCUGUGGAGCGACCGUGCAAAACAACCUCACCUACUUCAUGUCCCCAGGCUUCCCAGAGCUUUGGACCGGUGAAAAGGAAUGUUCUAUACAAAUAGAGAAGAGCUACGCUGGCAUCAUGCAACUGAGAAUCGAUUUUGUGCACUUCACUAUCGGGCAACCAAAUAGAACAACCGGCGAAUGUAACGAAGAUGCAAUGAUACUAGGUGAAGGCGCUGCGAACUUUACAAUAUGUGGACAAAAUCACGCACAGCAUAUAUAUUACACUUUACCUAGCAACACUGAAUCUCGGGAAGCCGGGGAGCUACCAACGUCUAAGUCCAUUCCGUUAGUCAUUCGUAUGAGAGGGACUGAUAUGCCGCGGCUAUGGCUGCUGCGGCUCGCACAGAUGCCUCUCGCGUAUUCAUCUCCUCAUAACUGCUUGCAAUAUCAUCUACAGGAUAAUGGCACAAUAAAAACCUUUAACUACGCAACAAAUGGACGCCACCUCGCUCGUCAAGAGUACCGUGCGUGCGUGCGACGUAACAUCGGCUUUUGUUCCAUACGAUACACUCCAUGCGACAGCCGUUCUUUCAGAAUAGGACCCCGAGGCGAUAAUGUUGAACCUGCUCCUCCAGAUCAAAUGGACGAAGUAAUGCCAGUCGAUGAUGAAACAAGCCCAGAAGAAGAAGAUGGUUCAGGAGCUGAACCGCAAAUGGAAGCUUCGACCCCUCAACCUAGUCUUAUGUCGAGAAUAUGGAGCUAUAUCUGGCCAUCUCAGCAGAGAUCACUUUGGAGCUGGUCUCCCUACCUUCAACACUACAGCGAAGACAAACUCAAGUACUACGGUUAUGGGAACUACGCUGGAGGCUUCGGAAGGCAAAGUUGUACGGACAGAGUGACUGUACCUUGUGAAAAUGAGUACUUUGUUUCGUCUCAACUUUUCGGUCCCGGAGUCUGCGAUCCGCACCACUGCGGGGAUACAUUUUGUCCCGGGAGACCAUUUCGUGAAUGUCACAUAGACACUUCUAUCACACCCUUCGCAGUGUCAGUACAUUUUGGGGUUCCAACAAUAAAGCAAAACCCUGAAGAAAAUAUCGGAAUGUGCCUAAGAUAUACCCAAAUACCAUGUGAUUCU